AAAAGAUCCUGUGCUUGUUUUUAGGUGCUGGAGUACUGUCCUAGUAGGAGUAGUAGUAUGACUGUACAGUACUCGUACAGCAGCGUUAUGUACUGUCUGGGUACACGGCCGGCGGUUCUCCCUUGGGUAAGACUCCCUUGGUACGUGCCUCAGACACAAUGGGUAUCGCCAGGCGCUGUCCCCCGGCCCAAGCUUCCAGUUGCUGCAGGUGCGUCGAACACCCCCGGUUUUUCCCUUGGACAGCCAACGAGUCUCCCUUGCUUCUUUGCUUAGGACUCGACAUUCUCCUCCUCCACAGCCAGAAUAACCCACCUAGAAGCGAGAAGGCCUCGUCUCUGACCAGCUUGGAGCGUCUGGCCUGGCCCAAACAACGGCCGAAACCAAAGCCACAGACGGGGCGACGCAUUGAACGCGAUCCAUUCAUCGUUGGGCCUCGACACCGCGCAUACAAGUAUUACACAUACACCGCCGGCGGCGCUCUUUAUUUUGGGCUACUUGUCGAGUACUUCGCCCCAUUGCUAUCGCAACAGUAGCGCGCAGGCACGUCAAUAUAAGCACCAGCAAUCUCACAGCCUCCUGUGGCCUCCAACCCUCGAUCCGACCGGAACGGACCCCAGAAGCGAGAGGGAGGAAAAAGGAAAAAUAAAGGGAAAAAGCAAGGGCUCAAGCCUCUUUUACAUCUCGGCCCCGAUACGCGCUCCCGACCA